AUGGGUUCUCUGGACACCGUGAGAGGAGACCUUGCUCUGGUUAUUUUGUACCUAAACAAGGCUGAGGCAAGGGAUAAAAUCUGCAGAGCGAUACAGUAUGGAUCAAAGUUCCUGAGUAAUGGAGAACCAGGGCCUGCACAGAAUGUCGACAAGUCAACUAGUCUGGCUCGGAAAGUUUUCCGGCUUUUUAAGUUUGUCAACGAUCUUCAUGCUUUAAUUAGUCCUCCUGCCAAAGGAACUCCACUUCCACUGAUCUUACUCGGGAAGUCGAAGAAUGCGAUGCUGUCAACUUUCCUCUUCCUGGACCAAAUUGUGUGGGCUGGGAGGACAGGAAUAUACAAGCUAGCUGAGCUCCAACGGUUAUCUGCUUCAAUGAAGAAGCUAGAGAAGGAGCUGAAACACCAAGAGUUGUACAAGAACGAGCAGUACCGGAUGAAGCUGCAGAAGUCCAACGAGCGGCUGCUCGCCCUCAUCAAGUCGAGCCUCGACAUCGUGGUCGCCGUGGGGCUGCUGCAGCUGGCACCCAAGAAGGUGACCCCACGCGUCACGGGCGCGUUUGGUUUCGCCAGCUCGCUGAUCGCUUGCUACCAGUUGCUUCCAAGCGCACCAGCGAAGAGCAGGUGA